AUGCAGGGGUGCAAACCUUCUUCCACCCCUUUCCUGAAGGACAUCAGCUCCUUGUACAAAGAAGACAACCAUUUGGAUGAUCCUCAAUCCUACAGAAGGCUAAUAGGGAAGCUUCUAUACCUUACAAACACCAGACCUGACUUAUGCUUUACCAUUAAUCUCCUUAGUCAAUUUAUGCAAUUUCCCACUAAUUCUCAUUAUCAAGCUAUUCAACAUGUUCUCAGAUAUAUCAAAUCCUCACCAUCUGAAAGAUUAUUUUUUGCAGCAGACUCCUCUAAACACUUAAAAGCCUUUAGCGACUCUGACUGGGCAACAUGUCCUAAUACUAGGAGAUCCACCACAGGAUUUUGCAUUUUUCUUGGGUCUUCUCUCAUCUCAUGGAAAUCUAAAAAGCAGAGGACUGUCUCCAGAUCCUCCACUGAAGCUGAGUACAGGGCACUUGCAGCCACUGUGUGUGAAAUUCAAAUGGCUCCGUUAUCUAUUACAAGACCUUCAAACUGA